CCUCUAAGCCCUCUCUCCCACUCCACUCCACUCCACCCACUCGUUCUCUCCCCACCAUAUACUAUCCAUAUCAUAAAUUUCUCUCUCUCUCUCUCUCUCUCUCUCUCUCCUUGAACCUCAAAAGAAAAGCCAGCCAGGCAUAGUAAACCACAUGUAUUUGGUAUAUGUGUAUAGGUCUCUCACUUUCUACACAUGUUAUACAGAUACAUGUGUAUGUACAAAGCAUCAAGAAAAGUAAGAAAAAUGAAUGAUGUUUGUUAACCUCUCACCUUCCACUCUAUCUUUCCUUCAAUCCAACUCUACUCCAAACCCAUUCUCUCUCUCUCUCUCUCUCUCUCUCUCUCUCAAACCCCAGUUCCUCAAUCACUCCCCACUCUAAAAACCCACCCACCUACCCAUCUUAACUCAGUCCAUUAAUUUCCUUUUUUCUUGCAAACCAACAGAAAUCACCUCUCCACACAUUACACAUACGCUCAACUAGUAUUUUAAGUAAAUUGCAUUUCUUGGGGGAAAAUCAUAUCAAAGUAUGACUGAAAUACUUCAAUCGUCCCCAUCUCAGUUUCCUUCAUCUCCAAGCACCACACCAAACGAUGGGACCCCCCAUCUCAACCAAAGCCCCCUUUUUAACAGCCCAAAUUUGUACUCUGUAACCGUAUACGAUACAGAGGAAGAAGAAGGGGGUAGUAGUAGAGGAGAGAGAAAGGGGAGAGAGAAAGAGGAGAGGGAUCAUCAGCUGUCGUUGUUGGAAGUUUUUGUGACUGUUUUUAGGAAAUCAUUGAUUGGUUGUCGGAGUGAGAGUGCUGAUCAGGAUUUCACUUCUUGUUCUUCUAGUUCUUGUUAUUCUUUUUCUUCUGCUUCAAUGGAGAUUGGGUGCCCAACGAAUGUGCGACAUGUUGCGCACGUGACGUUUGAUAGGUUCAAUGGGUUUCUUGGGCUUCCUGUUGAGUUUGAGCCUGAAGUCCCUAGGAGGCCUCCCAGUGCCAGUACAAGUGUUUUCGGAGUGUCAACAGAGUCUAUGCAGCUUUCAUUUGACUCCAGAGGAAAUAGCGUGCCUACGAUUCUUCUGAUGAUGCAAAGACACUUGUAUACACGAGGAGGACUGCAGGCGGAGGGAAUCUUCAGAAUUACUGCUGAGAAUAGCGAAGAAGAGUAUGUUAGGGAGCAAUUGAAUACGGGUGUGGUGCCAGAUGAUGUUGAUGUGCACUGCUUGGCAGGUCUUAUAAAGGCUUGGUUUCGAGAACUCCCGAAUGGGCUGUUGGAUUCUAUCCCCCCGGAGGAGGUAAUGCAAGCCCAGUCAGAAGAGGACUGUUGUCAGCUUGUGAGGCGCCUUCCACCAACAGAAGCUUCUCUUCUGGAUUGGGCUAUAAACCUUAUGGCCGAUGUUGCUCAGCUGGAACAUCUAAACAAAAUGAAUGCACAUAAUGUUGCUAUGGUGUUUGCACCAAACAUGACCCAGAUGGCAGAUCCUUUGACAGCAUUAAUGCACGCAGUCCAAGUGAUGAAUUUUCUCAAAACUCUGAUUGUCCUGACACUAAGAGAAAGGGAAGACUCUAUACUCGAACAAGCUCUUCUCACCCAAACAGAUCCAUCUGAUGAUAACGAGCACCAUCGCCACAGCUUUUUACAACCCAUAUUUGAGGAACCCAAUGAGGUGAAUGAAGAGGAGCACCUCUUUAUAACCCAUGAACCCUUCUCGGAAAGCCCUUUGUGCCCUAAUAUUAUUGAUGACGAGUCAAAAAUUGAAAAUGAAGUAGAUAGUUUUCUAACCUCCAUUGAGAAUAUCAUUCCUGGUGGGAAGGGGCAUUUGGUUCCAAAUCAAGUGGAAAUCAUGAUAAAUAGACUUGAAGAAGGUGGAUCUAGCUGCCAAAGUCAAGGGGCUCAACAAAACCCUCAGAAGAAGAAAAUUGGUCAUUCAAGUAGUUCAAGUCUCAAGAAAGGACCCAAAAGAAUUGAUGACCGAUUGGUGGCGGCUCAGGCCGUGAGGAAAAUGGAGAGGAACAAAGGAUCCACCAUUGUUAGCCGUCUAAAUUCUAGAAACGAGAGGGUUGAGGCUUGGCGGUGAAGGGUGUUGAUGGAAGCUGUUUUUUCCUGGGUCUGGAGUGGGGUAUUUACUCACUGUUUGAACAGUCGGAGUAUUUUAUUUUUGUUAAUUGGGCGAUAUUGUGUAUGAAUUCAUUCAUGUUAUUUUUCUUCAUUAUGUUUCUGAGUGGAGUUGGUUUAACUUUCUGGUUUCAAAGUGAACAAA